AUGGAGUCGAAAACGACGGACGACGACGGUAAUCUUCGACCGUAUUGUCAAUCUGACCAAGUUCCCCAGUCGCAGGCACCCGGGACCGCCUCCAACGGGCCAAGCCCACGGCAGCUGUCCCAAAAUACGAGAACGUACAUAUUAUCGCCUUGUAUCAUUGCUAUUCCACAGCAAGUGGAGCUGGAUGGAUCCGAAAACAGUGUUUGGGUUGCGGUAGAAAUAUCUGGAAAACUGUCUCAGAUAUCACCGGCCAAGACAACUGCACCUAAUGGGACACAAAAUGACAUGGCGGCUGGAACGUAUGUCAGCCACAAACUGGAUCGGUUCUUUGACUUUGGAUGUCUGUAUGAUUUGACCGUGGAGGUGUCGGCGGUACCGGGGACUGCUAUUUUGGAAGUUGUGCAUGAACAGUCUUGGCCCACGUCUGUCGCCCAGCCGCCGACUAUUUAUGCUGGAACCAGCGUGCUGAUUGUGGUUCACGUCCAGCUACAUGCGACGGCAGGAAGAUGCGAGGUUGGACACACCCGGUCAAGGUCUAAUGAGCUCAUGGAGGAAUUGGAGCUCCAGCUGGGCAAUGUUCAAAAGAAACUGAUGAACAUUCGAGUAUCAUACCAUCACUCGGCUUUUCCAGAGAUCACGAAUGUGGAGUUGCCACAAAGUGGCCUUUGCCACCUCCAAAGUCGCAUGGACACGGCAGCCACGGCAGCUGUUCAGCAGAAAUCCGGAGGCUCUGUUUGGUCACCAGGAAGCAAGACAUUGCAGAAUAGCCUAUUUCCUCUCAUGGUGCAACAUUGGGGAGAUGAAAAGGCAAUCAGCACGCAGCGGCGCAUCACAGAUUCUCAGGUUACACGCGCCAAGGACAGUGGGCGCGAAGUCGCUUCCGCUGCAACCCCCACAGGUCGAGAAGCUGCUCGCAUGAGAUUCGACUUUGACCUGGAUUCUCUUUAUGAGUCGCCCGAGCUUCAACGCUACCUGCUUGACGGCAAUUCUAUAGGGUCUCCCCGUACGAAUUGCGGCUCCGAAGGUCGAUGCGUACGAUCCGUGGACGAGCCGCAAGAGGCGACGGGACCGAGUUCGACAACUCCAGCUCGCGAGAUGUACUAUUUUGGAGAAAGAGCAUUACGAGCACUGGCUCCGACUCCAGCUUCGGAAAAGAAUGCGAUUCGAAAAUACCUGGCCACGAACCAACGGCCAGGUCUAGGGGUUAAGCACAAGGACUCCAAAUUCUGGGACUGGGGAUCAUGGUUUUAG